UUAUUAACACGUACAGGAAAUUUAGUCCAAUAAUGUGCACACCCCGUGGCUUCUCACGCAUUCCACAUUAUAACGGGAAACGAGUUCCACGCUACAGGCAGGAUGGUGCACAUUACUCCAAUGAUCUGCUGCCAGCCAAGCCGCCGUUCAGUACAGCUGGCUACUAGCAGUCCUGAGCAUUCAACCCGUCAAAAGCAAUGGAGCUGUUGGUAGGAUGGGUGGUACUGGUCAUACUGCUGCAGUCACACUCAGCUGAUGGUGUACGAAGUGAUGGAGCCGAGGCGCCAAGAUUUAAACGGUUGAUUGGGGGUCGCACCAUAUCCGACCGCGGCAAGUGGCCGUGGCUGGUGUCCCUGCAGGGGCAUGUCCCUGGGAAGACUUUCUUCGGAAUCCCUCUAACUAUAUAUGAGCUUUAUUGUGGAGGAUCCCUGUUGAACGACAGAUGGAUAUUGACGGCAGCUCACUGCUUUUAUCUCAGGAACGGAGCAACCAAACCCGAUGCCUGGGAAGCAAGAAUUGCGGCCGUAAAGAUCAAACCGUCGGCCUCGGACUAUUUCAUGCACGUGUUGGGCCGUGUCUUCAGCAGGCAGGAGUGGCAGCAAUGGAAUGUCGAUGCGGAGAAAAUUAUUAUUCAUCCAGGUUAUGACGAAAGAUCAUUGUGGGAGAAUGACAUAGCUCUGGUGAAACUGGAACGCAGCGUCCCCGUCGGCCCAACCACCACAUUCGUCACAUCUGUGGAACUCCCAGCGCGACAAGGGGACGUCUCCUUCCCUGAAGACGGGCAAGAAUGCGUGAUGAAAGGCUGGGGCUGCACCAGCAGCGGUGCCACGGUGUCCGAUCAUGCCAUGGAGCUGUCUCUACCCAAACUGUCGGACAGGGAGUGUAGACGGUUUUGGAACGUUCGCCGCGACACCCGCCUCUGUGCCGGCUACAAUUUGGCGGCCAAAGGCUUGUGCCCUGGGGACAGCGGUGGACCACUUGUGUGCAAAAGGCAAGACAAGUGGAUUCAAGUCGGCAUUGCGUCAUUCUCCAGCGCUCGAUCUCCGGGACAAGUGCCUGGCGUUUUUACACGCGUUAGUGCUUACCUUGAUUGGAUCGCAAAGACCAUUGCUGAAAAUUAGAUAGACGUUUAUUCACAGGAUUCAAUCUCAAUGAAAAAUGUGUUAUUAAAGUAAAGUGAAAGAAACAUUGAUAAUUACUGCAUGUCACGUGUAACACUGGCGGAAUUUCGACUUCGAUAUGUAAAGCCUGGAGAUAAUUGUUCUUUAAUUGCACGUAGAAGGAAGAAUGGAACAAUAUCUCAGAAAAAAGAUUUUGAAAACGUUACUGGAGACUUACCGCACCGCCUACUGAAGAUUAACGCAGUACCCGGUUUAAAGACUACAUUCUGAUGUUUUAACAGUUUAGCUUUUGGAAAUCUUCACUGUUAAUUGGGAUUUUCUGUACCCUAAGUCAAGAUAGAUAUUGUAUCUGGAAUAAAAAAAAAACACUUUUUAAAAC